AUGCCGAAACGCGCUCACGGCGAGUCGGACACUGCGACGGAGGCGGGAGCCGUCCAGCCAGCACUCAAGCGGCCGAAACCCGACGAGACAAGCGAUACCAGCAGCACAGCGCCACCCAUCCCCCUUCACACGGCCUUCUUUAAAUGGACAUCCUCAUCAGUUUCCCAGACAUAUCCGCCCCUGCCCCAAGUCUUAGAUCCAGCCCUGGAGACUGCGGCACUCACCCACUCGGGCAUGCGUAAGAGCCUCGCCGACCUGAGCUACGAGCGACUCGAGUGGAUCGGCGACGUCUACCUGGAGCUCAUCGCGUCGGAGCUCAUCUAUGCCACCUUCGGGACGCUGGAGCCGGGCAAGUGCUCGCACUACCGCGAGAUGCUGGUGCGCAACUCCACCCUGGGCCAGUUUUCAGUGCACUACGGCCUCGACAAGCGGGCCAACUUCCCCGCCGAGUUCGGCCUCGGCGGGCGGCCGAAAGGCACCACGGCCAGCCAGAAGCAGCGGACCAAGGCGCUGGGGGAUAUCUUCGAGGCGUAUGUCGGCGCGCUGGUCAGGUCGGACCCGGAGCACGGGAUCCGGAGGGCAACGGAGUGGUUGAAGGCUCUGUGGGGCCCCGUGCUGGAGCGGCAUAUCCGCGACGAAGAGAGCGGGGCGCACGUCAUCAGCGACGUCAACCCGAAGACGCAGUUGGAGAGGCUGAUUGGCGUGCCUGGAGUCAAGAUCGAGUACCGCGACCUGCCAUCCAACGGCAAGAGGGACAAGGACACGAAGCAGCAGCUUUUCUCUGUAGGCUGCUUCUUGCAUGGCUGGGGGGAGACUGGGCUGCAGUUGGGGUAUGGCAGCGCGCUGGGGAAGAAGGAGGCCGGUCAGAACGCGGCAUUGAAGGCUAUGGAGAACAAAAAGCUGAUCAAGAAGUUCGCCGAGAAGAAGAAGGCGUUCCAGGAUGCGAGGGCAGCCCAAGCAAGCACAGAAGGUGGAGAAGGAAAGCAACCUUAG